AUGGCAAGGCUGGAUUCUCAUUCGAGAUAUAAAAUAUCACGUUUUACUGGAUGUUAUCAUCAUAGUUCAGCAUCAGUUAUUAAGAAACUUACGAGUGAAAUGUUUCAAUUCGUAAUUCUUCUCUUACUUUCGAUUCACAACAGUAAUGCUGAUAUUGUUCACAAUGCUGAUAUAUCGAAACAGUUUGUGUCAACUAUUAGACCACGCCGUGUACGUAUCCAGCAUGUUGAUGUAGAUACUCAUUCUGACGUGGUUAUUGAUACAUAUAAACCUCAUUUUUCAUGGCAAUUAACAGAUGAAUACGAUAAUGAGGGUCGUUUAAUCAAAGGAAUUCAGCAAAUUGGAUAUCAUAUUUUAGUACAUUCAAUAAUCACCGGUCAACUAAUGUGGGAUAGUGGAUACGUACAAUCGUCGCUAUCGACGCAUAUCCAUUAUGCAGGCUCAUUAUUCACAUCGGAUACACGUUAUUCACUUACUGUGAAAUAUUUUACUACUAGACAUGAAAGUCAAUGGUAUAUAGCACGAUUUCGAACAGCCCUGUUUUCGUUCAACGAUUGGAAAGGUCAAUGGAUUGGGAAUAAUGGCAUCAAUAUGAAUCAAUUACGUACUGUUAUAAAACGGCAAACAAGUUCGAUGAUUCGUUCCGCUACCGCUUAUAUCAGUGGUGUAGGUUACUAUCAGUUGUACAUUGAAGGUCAACUAAUUGAUCCAUCACGACGUUUAGAUGUCGGAUGGACUACGUAUCAGCAACGUACUUUGUAUGUUUCAUAUGACUUGACUAGCGUUUUAAAUAAUCUCGACACGCAUCUAUUCGGCAUCGGAAUUAUGUUAGGUCAAGGCUGGUACAACCGUCAACAAUGGGCUAUUGGUUUAGGGCCACGUAUCGAACUUGCUAAAGAAUAUGGACCGCCUCGUGUCUUGUUACAACUCAACAUUCUUUACGACGAUAACACAAAUCAGUCGAUUACGACAGAUUCUUCGUGGCUCGGUAGAGAAGGAGAGCAUCGUUUUGAUUCAGUUUAUAUGGGCACUACGAUGGAUCUACGUGCAGUACGUCCGUGCUGGUCAUGUGCGAACUUUACUGAUCCAUAUCCGACAUGGUUUAAUGCAUCGGUUUUGAUGUCGCCAGUUAAUUUUACGGCUGGCGGACAACUCUCUCUACAAAUCAUGGAUCCUAUUCGAAUUGGUCCAAAUGCACUUCACAUAGCAACAUCAGGCAAUCGUGGCUUACCUGCAGGCGUCAAUGGCGCAAGUCUGACUGACGGUGGAGUACUCAAGCCGAUAUCUCAAGAUGCAAUCAAUGGACAAGUAUUUGAUCUUGGUCAAAACAUUGCCGGAUGGUGUAAAGUAUCUUCACUCAAUGCUGCUAAAUCCACAAUCAUUCAAUUACGUUAUGCAGAAUUACGCUAUUCACGUGGUCAAAACAACAUUGAUUUUCGAGGAAUAUACUACGAAAAUCUGCAAAGUAUUGCUGUUAUGGAUACAGUCAUUUUAAAUGGAACAGGAAAUGAAACAUUUGAGCCGUUGUUUACCUAUCAUGGUUUUCGAUACGUACUAGUCAAUGGCUAUGACAAUGUCAAAAAAGAUGAUAUUGAAUGCUAUCUUGCACAUAGCGAAACAAGACUGAUUGGCAAUUUUACUAGCAGUAAAGUUGUACUCAAUCAAAUUCAACACAACAUCCUUUGGUCUCAAUUGAGUAACUCAAUGUCGUUGCCAACAGAUUGUCCUCAACGAAAUGAAAGACGUGGAUGGUUGGGCGAUGCAGCGCUUAGUAUCGAUGAAGUCUUGUACAACUUUGAUUAUGUUAAUUUCUACUUAAAUUUUCUCACAAUGAUCGCUGACAAUCAAUCCCCGGAUGGUGCUGUUAGUGAUACGGUGCCAUUUGCCGUCGGUACUAGUCCCGCUGAUCCAAAUUGGGGCACGGCGUAUGCAACAAUUACUUGGUAUUUAUACGAACACACAGGUGAUAUGACAAUUCUCGAAAAGUACUACCUUGGUAUUCAAGCAUGGAUUGAUUGUUUGACAAAUAAAUACAAACAAACAGGCUUAGCACAUAUGUUCUAUAACUAUGGCGACUGGGCAGCAUUUCAGCAACCGCAAAAUGCUUCACUUGUUUCGUCCUAUGCGUAUCUGCACGAUGUGUAUACGUUCAUCAAUAUGAGUCAAAUUCUCAAUCAUACCGAUAAUGUUCAAAAGUAUACUCAGUUUUAUCAGCAAUUAUCGGAAGAAUUCCAUCGUGUGUUUUACAAUACUACCAUCGAUGCAUAUAGUGAUGGAAGUCAAACAGCCAAUACUCUUGCACUUAGUUUACCUAACGUCGUGCCCGUAACACUUCGUGACAUUGUUUUGAAAUCGCUAAUCGAUGACAUUGUCCGAACUGGUUACUUUACCGGCGGUAUUGUCAGUGUCGCAGCUGUGUAUCCUCUUCUUUCAAAAGAAGGACACCAUGAUUUAGCUUUACAAUUGGCACUCUCUACGUCUUGUCCAUCCUACGGUUAUAUGUUUCAUAAUGGUAUACAAAAUGCUACGACUACAUGGGAACAAUGGAAUCUUUUGCCAGAUCAAGCUGGAUCAUCGUUAAACCAUCAUAUGUUUAACAGUAUCGGAGCAUGGUUCUACCGUUACUUAGCCGGGAUCAAUUUAAAUGCAUUGAAGACGAUUGAUAUUCAUCCACGAAUGUCCUACAGCAUCGAUCUCUUGGAUCAUAUCGAAGCAGAAGUCGUCACUAUCAAAGGUACUGUACGCGUAGAGUGGAAACGAUUAGCAGUCGAGUCCUUGACAUUAUCGGUGACUAUACCGAGUAAUUCAGAUGCUAUUAUCUCGUUUGAUCCUUUGAUUAAGAAUGGGCGUUGUCUGGAACUGAUCUGCAAUAAUGAAAUACUUUCAACUAGGCAACAGUCCGAUGAACAUUUCAAAUUACUGAAAACUAUGAAUGGAAUAAUUAGUCUAAUGGAAAACUCCGUAACAGGCACUGUAUCAUUACACAUCAUGUCAGGCACAUAUACAUUCAAGACAUACUGGCAAUAG